CCAGAUUUGGUGCUUACAUUUCUCUCUUUUUCGGGUUUUUUUAACUCUCUAAACUUUUUUGAAAAUCCUGUAUACUCUCUUUUAUCAUCAACUAGACAAUCACUGGUUUAUGUACAGAACAACCAAAAGACUCACACAUAUAAAAAAAUAAAAUCAUCACGAUGAUGGCCUUUAUAAAACGGCAAUAAUUUUAACAAAAUUUUCAUACAUUCAAUCAAUUUGGCCAAUUGAACAACCAUUUCAUCUGAAUCAUUUCAUACCUGUAUCUCGUUGCAGUAAUCCAAAACAACAAAAAUGGCCAUUCAUAAAAUUUUAUUUAUUAAUCCAAUUUUGAUUAUUGCUUCUUUGUUCAUCUUUGAAAUGGCUCAAGCAAUACAGGAAUAUCGUGCAUGUGAAAAUUCAUUUCAAUGUACAACAUUUUGUAACAAUAAAGGAUUUAAUGAUCGUGUUUGUAAAACUGUAACAGUUGAUGAAAGUCCAAAUAUUGAUGGUACAGCAUUAGUCAAUCGUCGUGUGAAUAUUUUAACUAUUGAGCGUUUAAAUUUCAAAAAGAAAAAUCCAGAAGAUAAACAUUUUUCAAUAAAAAAAAACAUGGGCUGUACAUUAAGUUCAUUAGACAAAGAUGCUUUAGCCAGAUCCAAAGCUAUUGAUAAAACUAUUCGAGCUGAUCGUGAUCGUCAAUCUCGUGAAGUUAAAUUAUUAUUAUUAGGUGCUGGUGAAUCCGGUAAAAGUACCAUAUUGAAACAAUUAAAAAUUAUUCAUGAAAAUGGAUACGAUAAAGAAGAAUGUUAUAAAUAUCGUCGUGUUAUUCAUGCGAAUGCUAUACAAAGUUUAUCGGCCAUAUUGGAUGCAAUGAAUUUUUUGAAAAUUAAUUUCGGUAAUGCUGAAUCAUAUCAAUUAGUUGCACAAUAUUUUGAUUAUCCACAAUCGAAUCAUAUGGCACCGAUAAUUACAAUGGAAUUGGCUGUGAUUAUGAAAAAAUUAUGGCUAGAUCCCGGUGUUCAAUCCUGUUUUCAUCGUGCACGUGAAUAUCAACUAAAUGAUUCUGCAUAUUACUAUUUAAAUUCAUUAGAUCGUAUAUGUCAACAAGAUUAUUGUCCAACACAACAAGAUGUAUUACGUACACGUGUCAAAACGACCGGUAUUGUUGAAAUUUCAUUCCGUUUUAAAGGAUUAUUUUUCCGCAUAUUUGAUGUUGGUGGUCAGCGUUCUGAACGUAAAAAAUGGAUACAUUGUUUUGAAGAUGUGACAGCUGUUGUAUUCUGUGUUGCAUUAUCUGGAUAUGAUUUAUUAUUAGCUGAAGAUGAUGAAGUUAAUCGUAUGCAUGAAAGUCUUCGUUUAUUCGAUUCAAUUUGUAACAAUAAAUGGUUUUUCGAUACAUCAAUGAUUCUUUUUCUAAAUAAAAAAGAUUUAUUUGGUCAGAAAAUUAAAACAUCACCAUUAAAUAUUUGUUUUCCUGAAUAUACAGGACGAAACACAUAUGAUGAGGCAGCCGCAUACAUACAAAUGAAAUUCGAAUCAUUAAAUCGUAAUCCAGAUACUAAAGAUAUUUAUACACAUUUUACAUGUGCAACCGAUACGAAUAACAUACAAUUUGUAUUCGAUGCUGUCACUGAUGUAAUAUUGAAAAAUAAUCUACGUGAAAUUGGCCUUUAUUGAAUGUUUGUUGGUUUUUUUUUCUCAUUUCAUCCGAAACAAUUUCAUCUAUUUCGAUCAUUUUAUUUUUCAUUUUUCGAAUCAAUUAAUUACUGUGAACAAAUUUGUAAUUGACCAUUGCUCAAACAUUUGCACGACAAUAAUUAUUGAAUAAGAUUUUGAACAUUUUAUAUACAAAAUAAUUUUAUUAAUAAUCUAUAAUUCUUCUCUCUUUUUUUUCAAACAUAUAAAUUCCAAUUACUUAGUUAUCAUUUUACUUUAUUCAUCGACAAAUUACUAUGUGCCAUAACAAACAGAUUUAUUUCCACAAUU